CCGCGGCACGGAAAAUGUUCGCGGAAAGCGCACCGUAAUCGUUCGUAAUCGCGACGCACAUCCAAAUCGCUGUCUGUACGUUGCACUUGGUUUUCAGCCCGAUAACAGUAUUUACGAGCAACACGCAUCGCACCCCUGCGGUGCGACGACCGAAGACGACGGUAUGACCCGCAGAGGAUCGUUCGCUGUGCUAGCGGUCGGACAUUACGACGACACGACGAAGACGACAACAACGACGGUGACGACGACGACGACGACGACGACGACGACGAAGACGGAGACGACCUCGGACCGACGGUAAAAUAAAUAUCCCGAAGGACGACGAAAAAUCCGAACCGAGCUACCGACUAGCGCGGGAGUCGUCGGAGCGAUCGGUAUCCCGACGCCGCCAUGUUCAACCCACCCAAACUCCACAAGCACGACUGGUUCAUGACCAUGGUAACCACGCUGAUCGAGACGUCCGUGAAAGGCAGCGACGGCGGCGGCAGCUGGUCGAGCACGCACGGCCCCAACGGCACGUUCGACGGCGGCGGCGGCGGCGGCGGUUUCGACGAUUUCGACGGUGACGGUUUCGGCGGCGGCGGGCCGUUCAACUUCACCGUCAAGCGGGCGCUGGACGUGAUAUUCGACAACCAGCUGAACGUGGACAAGGUGCUGGUGCUGUACCUGGAGGUGGCCAUCGUGGUCGUGUACGGCGUGCUGUUCGUCAUCGGGCUGGUGUCCAACGGUCUGGUGUGCUUCGUGGUGUUCCGGCAGUGCGGCAAGAAGAACGUGCCCAGCCAGGGACCGUCGCCGCGCAACCUGUACAUCGUCAACCUGGCGUUCGCCGACAUCAUCAUGUGCGUGGUGUGCAUACCGUUCACGGUGUGGGCGCUCAUGUCCCGCCGGUGGACCUGGGGCGUGAUCAUGUGCAAGACGGUGCCGGCCGCCCAGGGCGCCAACAUAACCGUGUCCGCGUGCACCAUAACCGCCAUCGCUCUGGACAGGUACUUCACGAUCGUCCGGAAUCCCAGGGGCUCGGUGUUCCGGUGUAGCGUGGCCAAGACGUUGGUACUCAUCUGGCUAGUGUCAUUCGCAGCCAUGGUGCCUCUGCUAUUGUACCAGAACGUCGAGGAGGUGCACGUCGGACCCAUCCGGCUGUACGAAGCGUGCGUCGAGAAAUGGCCGUCCCGUGUAGCCCAACAGGCGUUCACCGUCGGCCUGGCGGUCGCCCAGUUCGUAUUACCGUUCACCACCAUAUCGCUGAUCCAUCUGAAGAUAUCUUCCUAUCUCACUGUGCAUCUCAAACACCCGGCUGUCCCGUCCAAAGAGAUCAACUGCAGACGAGUGCGUAGGGAGCUGAGCCGGAACAAGCGGACCAUGUGGAUACUGUCGUCGAUUGCUGUGGUGUUCGCGCUCAGCUGGCUGCCCCUGACAGUUUUCACGUUACUUGUCGAGUUCAAGCCGCACCUAAUCGACUCAUCAGAUUCCCUGUACAAGACUUUCGCGAUCGUCCACAUGAUGGCCAUGUCGACCACGUGCACCAACCCGCUGCUGUACGGCUGGCUCAACACUAACUUCCGGCGGGACAUAUCCGGCAUAUGCCGACAGAUGUGGUACUGUUGCGGCGACCAGAAACCGCCGCCCAGACGGAGACGGUACCCGUCCGUAGCCACCGAUUACCGCGGCCCGAAUGAUCGGCGGUUGGGCCUAGGGUCCGAGGCGGCCGGCGGAUGUGGCGGUGGAGGUGGCGGUGGAGGCGGUGGUGGCGGUGGUCGACGGCACCAUAUGCACCACGACCCCGAGACCACCGGCAUGUCGAUGGUGGUCAAGAGCGAUCGACGAUUCAGCACCAGCUACCUGACCACGCUGACCACGGUCACGUCCCGGUCACAACCGGGUUCCAGCAUGGGCCGUGUGGAGAACGUCUAGAGACAGUAUGAUUAUAUUAUACAAUCGUCGACGAUCUACUAAUACACAUUAAAAUAAUAACAAUAAUAUUAUGUUACCUUGCGGCUAGUCCCUCGUUUCGGCGAGGCGUAUAAGUUACGAGUUCGUAUGUUGUUGUUAUUAUUUAGGGGGAAAAAAAUAUUACGAUGACAUUAUUUUUUAAGUAACAACGAUAUCAUAUAUUGGACUAACCGCAGAUACUAUGCCGGGUUCGCGGCUAUGACGUCAACGCGUUAUAUUCCUUAUGUGUCGUAUUCCGAUUGGCCGUUGUAAUCAUGGUAUAUCGUUCAUCGAUCAUGAUUUACCGCGAUUUGGACCGAGCUCAAUUUUAAGACACGACACGACAGACGACGUAGCUGUUAACCCCUCUUUACGCGUCGAGAGCCCUAAUCGAGGUAUUAUGCUGUAAGACAGGUCACUGGAUAUCUGCCGGUAACUCGGGCGCAAAUUUGCGUAAGUGCAAACGAAAUGGUGCUAACGGGUGUAUUAUUUUUCUACGAUAAUAAUAACAUUUAAUUAUUAAUCUUAAAAUUUAUCAAGAAACAAAACAAUUGUGUAUAGUUCAGGGCCCAAGAUAUAUUUUGUACAUACAUUGUAUAAUAUGCAGUUAUAACGGUGUUUAGGAUCGACACAAAUACGUUGUAUAAUAUAUACAGGACGAUUCACCAAGCAUGCUCCACCACUUUUUUUUUACUUUAAUCAUGCAUU